CGUUUACAUUACUUCCAAAAAUAUACCUGACAGUGACUGAAAGUUUUAUCCAAACGAAGGGUACAAGUUUAUCUUACGUUGUAUCUAACCUUCAAAAUCCUCAUAAGUUUGAGGUGCAAGCUCUCCUCGACUUACGUUGUAUCUAAUCUUCAAAAUCCUCAUAAGUUUGAGGUGCAAACUCUCCUCGACUUACAUCACACUACACGAUAAGCACAAACAUGAAGGACGGCAGCAACAGUCGAAAUGAUUCAAGCACGGAGGGUCGUUCCGUUUUUCGGAAUCUAGUUCCAGAUCGCCAUGAUGAACAUGAUCCGUCUCCUUAUGUACACGAACAACGCACCACCGCUCCACCAUUGGUGUACGAUGCGCCCUCCUUGUUGAAUGAAUCCCAAGCCGAAACGUCCAACUUUGCAGCGAUUCACUCGAACUACAACGACAACAGCACAAGCAGCACCCGCACACCCGCUGUCGGAUCUCUUCGGGAUGCCGCGCGGCGUGUUUCCAUGCUCAAUCGGACUGGAUUGUUAUACAAACAUGUACUUUCCUCUUCUCACCAGGCCCAUCAACGCGUCUCGUCCCGUGCACAAGAUCUGUUGUCAGCUAUUCAAGAAGGUGGACAUCUCAGCAAUGACGAGCAUGGCGAUGACAAUGUUCUUGCCGACGAUAUGUCAAGGUCCGAUUUGACGGACGAAGAAGAGCAAUUGCUCGGCACCGCCAGCGAUGCGGCCAACAAUACGAACGACACACUUCCGACUCGUCGUUCGGAGUACGGCUCCGUUCUCAUGCAGCGACAAGAAUCAACAUCCCAAAAGUCUGUAGCAUUCCGGCGCAUGCGGUCCUGGCGUCGCAAGGUGGCAGUACUUUUUCACCCGACCCGCAUGCUGCGAAUUGCUUGGGAAAGCUUUCUUUUCCGUCUAGGCUUGCCCUUUUGCCUAGCAGCGUGGUUGCUGUAUUAUCCACUCGGAAACCCCGAAGUAGACGCCUUACCUGGCAAGACCCGGCUCUCUUGGUGGUUCAAUUUUGCCGGUCGACAAGUGAUUACUCUAGAAUUGGCCCGACUCACGCAAUGGCUUCUAUUGGACCUAUGGCUGUGUAGAAGUGGUAGUAGUGCUAGGGAACGACCGUGGUGGAAAGUUGAUCCAUUGGUGACACUCUGGAGCAUUCACAGCCGCGGAUGGCCGUUCCUCAUUUCGACUUGGGCGCUUUGGGAUUUACUCAUUUUGCAUGGCGAUAAUCCCUUCAAUACGCACUGGUUGUAUUGGACAGGCUGGGCUUUGUACAGCAACGAAAACGCCAAUUCUGGGGCCUUCGUAAUCAGCAGUGACCUGUAUUUGCGGAUCUUACUGGCCAUGUUGGUUGCAGGCAUUGCCACCGCAGCCAAAUGCGUUUAUGUUGUCUUGCAAUUCAGUCGUCGUCAGGUACAAACAUUUCAAAUUCGGCUUAAGGCAAUUUUGGGCGAGCUCGUCACGGUCUCGCAGAUUGCUGCGUUGGCAACGCAGGCUGAUCUUGUGGCGGCACAAUUGGAGAUGCAAAUGGAUGAAGACUACAACGCUCCGGUAGGCACAUCCAUUCGUUCCAUCGGCUCGUCUCUCAACAAGUCGACCAGACCUCAAUCUUCCCUGCCACGCGGGGCUGCGCCUGUUACAGGGAACACCAAUGUUCGUUGGAGUAACCUACAUUUUGAAGAACACGAUUCCAAAGCUCCAGAACACGAUGAUGAUGAUGACGAUUCAUCCAGAAGCGAGAAUACACCGGGAUCCUCGUCUGGUCUCAAACGGUCGUUGUCCCAAGACUCGUCCGGUAGUUUGGCAGUUCUAAGCCUACUUGAUCGCUGGGAGCCACCAGUCAACAAGGCGAACAAGAGCGAUGUUGCAAUUUCGGACGUGCUUAAAUUUCAGCAAGCCUUGCGUUACAUGGACGAUGACGCUGUCUUUGGUGAAGACUUCGGACCCGCUCGAGAUCGUAACGAGUGCGUGGGAUCAGCUGUCGCAAUGUACCACAAACUUGUCAAAUGGACGCCUGAUUCCUACGUACUUAAGUUUGACACGUUGGAGAUUUUGGCCAUGGACGAAGACGGUGUUGUGGAUCCACUAAAGCGAAAAAUGUUACGCAAGCUGUUCCGACCAGAUAGAUCCGGUCGAAUCCCAUUGGUUGCAUUCAUCCAAUCCAUUGAUGCUGUCUAUAAGAGAUUGCGUUACUUUCGUGCGUCCGUGACGAACGCGACAGUGAUUGAUGACGUCUUGGAACAUAUUGUGGAUGGGUUGUUCUACUUUGUAUUGAGUUUGGUUGUAUUGAGUUUGUUAAAUUUCAAUCCCUGGACCUUUUUGGUUCCCAUCACGUCCCUCAUGGUGUCGCUUUCGUUUGCCUUUGGUGGGAGUCUCAGCAAAUACGUCGAGGGUGUGCUCCUCAUUGCGGUCCGACGCCCUUACGACUUGGGCGAUCGCAUUUUCAUUGGCAGCGCGGAAGCUCAGGCCGAAAGCGAUAUGUCGAUCCAAACUUGGUUUGUUGAAGAUAUCAAUUUGACCACGACGACUUUGCGAUUCGCUCGUACCAACGAGGUCUCCACUGUUAACAACUGGGCCAUUUCCGGCUCUCGUAUUAUCAACUGCAAUCGCUCACCCAAUGCUCUCAUCUUCUACGAAUGGAAGCUUCAUAUUAGCAUAUUCGACGGCAAGAACUUGGAUAAUUUCAAGGAAGCUUUGAACAAGUACGUCCGGGACCAUCCCCGAACUUGGAACAGUCUGGCGUUCAUCCGACACGACGUUAUUGACGCGGAUAUGGAACAGGUGGGCUUCCGCAUGGCCUUUCGCCACCGGAAUGGAUGGCAGGACGCAGCGCGGAUCAAACUCAACCGGGCAGACCUAUUGCGCUACAUUCACGACACGGCCAAAGCCAUGGGGGUCAACUUUGAGACCUCCCCGGCCCGACGUCUCUUGUACUACGGUGGCGUCUUGGAAAGCGGCCAAGUCAAGGAUUACAAGAAGAAUCUGUUGCGUCCAUCAAACAUUCGUAGUCACAGUCACACCUUUGACGAUCAUCGUUUUGAGUCGUCCUACCCCGGUACGGCGGGGAUUCCGCAUUCUCCUCCUCCGCAAGCAACUCGAGUCGCUCCACCCCCGGGAGACGUUUUAAUGGGUGAAUAGCCUAGCUGCAGGAGUUGUCAAUGAAUUAUGCAGUGAACGAUUCCGAACCGAUCAGGAUGGUCCAUUCUUUAUAUUUAAGUCUACUUACUUUCGUGGUUUUACC